AGGUGAAGCAGUGAAAGUACAGCUGAGCUCACUGCAACAUGCUGUGAUGUCACUUAGAGGACGAACCCGCAGCUGCAGUUUGCUUCACGUCAAAACAAUCCGGAAGACGAUACAGCAUGACGGAACUGUUGUUGGAGCUGAGACGAGGUCAAAAGAAAUAAAUACAACAGUUUCAGGUAACGCAGGCACAUCUAAGGAUGCUGCUGAAUAGAAGGAAAACUUAGCUAAGUGAAGCGAAUAUUACCCACCGCUUUAUUAGCAGUCAUUCAGUCCAACCCCUGCGUUGUUCGCUUACAAAGUCCAAAUCAUAGCUGUUCAACGUAUUAAAGUGCUGUAGCUCAACGCAGACUGCUUCACAGGCGACAUGGGCAAUGGAAUGAAUAAGGUUGUAGACGGGCUCUACCUUGGGAACAUAAGAGAUGCCGAAAACAGAGAAAGCCUAUCCAAGAAUGGCAUCACCCACAUCUUGUCUGUGUACAACAAUGCAAAGCCCGUGUAUGAGGACAUGACGUACCUUUGUAUUCACGCAGCUGAUGCUUCCAGCCAGAACCUAUUACAGCAUUUUAAAGAGUGCAUAAGCUUCAUCCAUGACUGUCGCCUGAAUGGUGGAUCUUGUCUAGUUCACUGUCUUGCAGGUGUGUCCCGCAGCACUACUAUGGUGGUGGCCUACCUGAUGACUGUCACCCACUACACCUGGGAGGAGUGUCUGUCUGCAGUCAAGGCUGUUCGCUCCUUUGUCGGCCCGAACUAUGGUUUCCAGCAGCAGCUGCAGGAGUAUCAGACAACACAAGUCUCAGAGUACCGAACGUGGUUACGUGCCAGUUUCCGUCCCAGUCCCUUCAACGAUCAGGAGCAGGUGGGCGCCCUGCUGAGCCAGUACACAGAGCAACAGGAGAGCCAGAGGAGAGGAGCUGACCAGCGCUGGAUAAAUCAGGGAAUAGGUGUCUGCGGUGUGCCAUCCAACACUGAUAAUCCUGAAGGCAGCAGCUGAAACAUGCAUCUCUGGCCAUGCUAAAGUUGUGCCCAGUGCUGUCUGCAAAUGGCAGUAACAACUAUUCUGUACUCAUUUCCAAAUCAACCCCAAGCUAUAUUAAACUUUAGGGACUUGUACAACUCUAAAAGCAUAGGAUGAUCUUUAUGCCCACUUACACGUGAAGCAUUUUUAAAAACUUUCUUUGCAUUUGUCAUUUUUAAGCAGCGGAGGUUGAUUUAGAAUUGUGCUACAGACCCUUAUCCACUACCAGUACCUGCCACACUCCCCUAAAAGAGUACAGCCACAACAGGGGUAUUGGUGCUCACAGACGCCUUACUCUUAACACCUCAGCACCUUAGCCAUAACGAGUAACCUGUAUUUCCACGUGGACUCUUUACACCUGCAAUGUUCAGCUCAGUAGCCUUAAUGACACGACUGAUCAGUGCUGUCUUAAAUGAACAUUUUGCCUGAAAUCAGUAAAAUCCACAAACGUACAACUGAACUGAUGGCAGUUUUUUCUUAACAUCCACCAGUUUGCAGUCCAGUUCAAGUUCUUAAUGGUAAACAUUUUGACCAGCACUGCAACCUGUAAAGUUAGCACACUUGUUAGUCUGACAUUGUUAAAUUACAAGCACCAAUGCUGGCUUGUCAAACAUAUCAAAACAACCUGACAUUUCAUGUAUCAACGGACAAAGGGGCAUUUGCAGGUAUACUAGCCACUUAGAAAUGUUAGAAAAAAACAACUAUACUGUAUUACUGAUGCACAUCACUGCCCAUGUAGUAAAAAGCACUUGUUUAUACCUAGUUAGUGGUCUUUUAUGACAGUUGAUACUUUUUGUUUCAUUUGGUUUAUCUCUGAGAUUACAUCAAGCCGUGUCCCCAGCGUCUGCAACAAAAUCUAGCACCAACAAGCAUAGUGGAACAUGGUCACUUGAUAUAGAUUAAUGUUGGCGAGAGAACAGGUGAGUUAAAAACUGUUGCAAAGUUAAGCCUCUCGGAUAGAAACGGCAAUGUAAAAUGUAAUUUGUCAACCAUCAAAAUGUGUCAGAUAAGCCAAAGCGUGACCUUUGAAGCAGGCUGCCACAGUUGCCCGUAGAGAUAAAGUAUUUACUUUAUCUAUACGGGCAACUGUGGCAUUUGCACUGUGGACUUAAAAAACAAACCACUAUGAGUGACACAAGAGUAGGUUUCACGUGGCAAAAUGUUCCUUUAAGUAAUACUUCACAGGUUGAUAUGAGAAGCUACUUAAACUAUGGCUGAGCUUAAACUAUAACUACACAUGAAGGAUCUCUGCAGUCCAAAUGCUCAUGUCUUCCUGAUUUUACUGAUGCUCUGAUUUAUCUUUUUAUUAUGACAAAGCAGAUUUUUAGGGAAUUUCUGUUAUGAAUUCAUGAGUACAUGUUAAUUGUUUUGAUUGUAUAUUUAUGGUGUUUUUCAUUUUGUUUGUGUUUUAUAAUAAAAUGCAAUGAUUGACAAAAAGAAGGAAUUGCUAAUAAAUCUACUAUCAACA